GGCUCAAACUUCUAUGAAAGCGAGGUUAAAGGGAGCACAAAGAGGACAUGGAUUAUUAAAGAAAAAGGCUGACGCGCUGACCUUGCGUUUCAGGUCCAUCCUCAAAAAAAUUAUAGAGGCCAAACAAUCUAUGGGUGAUAUAAUGAAGGAGGCUAAUUUUUCUCUAGCUUCUGCCAAAUAUGCAUAUGCUGGUAAUUUCAAUCAGCUGGUCAUGCAAAACGUUACAAAAGCUCAAACCAAAGUAAAGCUAUCCAAAGACAAUGUUGCUGGAGUUGCCUUGCCUAUAUUCCAAUGCUAUAGCGAAGGUGUUGAUGCCUACGAAUUGACAGGUCUGUCCCGUGGUGGGCAACAAAUAGAUAAACUAAAGAAGAUUUAUAGCAAGACAAUCGAAUUGCUUGUGACAUUAGCAUCUCUUCAGACUUCAUUCAUUACGCUAGAUGAUGUCAUCAAAGCCACGAACAGACGGGUGAAUGCUAUUGAGCAUGUAAUUGUUCCAAGGAUUGAAAGGACACUUCAAUAUAUAAUACAGGAGCUUGAUGAAAGGGAGCGCGAAGAAUUCUUCAGGCUUAAAAAAAUUCAAGAGAAAAAGAAGAAGUUCCAGAAGGAGCGAGAGGCACAGUUGGCUAGGGAGGGUAUUAACCAAAAGGUUUCUUCUGAUUCCCCGGUCACUAAUAUGCUCGUCGAUGAAGAGGCCAAUCAAUUUCUCUUUGGCUGA